CAGGAAGGCGUUGAGAGCCUCUCCAUCUGCCAAGUAGCAAUAAACCUCGAAGACAGAAACAGUCUGUGGUUGAAGAAAAAAAAAAAUGUCUUUGAAUGAUUUUGAAAGAAGGUGGACGACAGCCCUGAACUCCAUCCUGGAGGAACUGAGAGAGAACGAAUACAACAAGUUGCUAUUCUCUUUGGACAAAAUACCCACGGGUGUGAAGUAUGCCAAGACCAGAGAAGAAAUGCCCCAGAUAAUCAUCCAGUACUAUGGAACAGAAAAAUCCAUCACUGUUAUAAAGAAAGAAAUGGAGCAGCUGCCUCGGAUGGACUGUAAAGUCCAGGGCCCACUGCGCCCCUUUGUGGACAAACUGAAGAAAAACAACCAGAAAAAGAACAAGAGUAAGACGACCAAACCUGCAGGAACUGCAGCUGGUAAGACAACCAAACCUGCAGGAGCCUCAGGGUUAGUUAAGAAAGAAGGAACUGCAGCUGAUCACCAGAAGUUCGGCAAACCUGACAAGAAACCCCCCCAGAGAGGCGGCAGUGACCUCGGUGCAAACGCUGCAGCUGGGACAGCGGCGCUGAAUCCUGCUCAGCUCUUAACGAAGAGGAAGGUUGAUGCUGCCGGAGCAGUGAAGCCCAAACAGAUAAAGACAGAGGAACAAAGUUCAUCCCUGGAGCCAACUGGAUGCACCGAUGUUCCCAAGGCGGAAAGUGCUCCUGUCGUGAAUGCGUGGAUCAAGAUCAUAACAAUCUUAAAAUCCAAUAAGACAAACAUUCACCUGGUGGCGGAGGUCAACCAGCAGACGAAGACCUUGUUUGUGACAUCUCGACUUCUGGCAGACGCAUUGGGCUUUAAAUCGGAGGAUGAUUUUAAAGAGAUGUUGCCGCUCUUUGCAGAAGUGAAAUUACAAGGAAAUAAAAUAAAAGAGAUUAAGAGGCUGUAAGAAUGACGUGUAUCUGUGGAAGAGAAACAUCGUUAACAUCUUCAUACAUUUUUUAAAUGUAACCUUCCCAUUGUGGUUACCAGAGCAGUGCAUCUGCUUUGUUAGGGUGCUUUUCUAUUUGAAAUGGUUUUGGUUGCAUUUACAUUUGCAGAGGUGGGGUAUCCCUCUGCUUUAAGGUUUGUUGUUCAUAAAUAAAGAGACACGGCGCAAACA